ACCGUUAGCAGUUAACAGCGUUUUUUCGUAAAUUUCUGCUGCAAAACAAACUUAACCAAGUUGAGUGGUUUUUUUUGUAAUUUUUCGUUAAUUAAAAAUUAAUUGUAAUGUUCGAUUAAGAGUAUAAUGUACCAAAGAAACAGAGAAUUAUCUAAUAUGACAUCAUGGUGACUUGAUAAAAAUAAGAUACUUUUUUUAAAAAUUCUAUUUUGCCGUAAUAAUCUCUCUUAAUCCCAACCUUGUUCCAUCCCUAAUACAAAAAGAAGCUUCUUAAGAUUGUUUUCAAGGAUCGAUUUAUCAAAACGUUCAAAAUGGACUUCUCGGAAGCUUACGCUGAUACUUGUUCAACAAUAGGAGCAGCUGCCAGAGUCGGUGAUGUUUGUGCUCUGCAGACAUUACUUACACAAGGGAGGCCGGUUGAUGUCCGAGACAACAGGGGCUGGGAACCAUUACAUGAAGCGGCAUUUUGGAAUAAUACUGGUUGCUUGCAAGUUUUGUUACACAGAGGAAAAGUGGAUGUUAAUGUACAAAGCUUUGCUGGUGAAACUCCUCUCCUUCUAGCUGCACGUAAAGGACAUUAUCAGUGUGUUUCUGCAUUGUUGCAUUGUGGAGCAGAUCCAAAUUUAACAACACCUGAAGGUCUCAGUCCACUGUGGGAAGCUGUUACUGCUCGCAGUUUUCCGUGUGUGAAUCUACUGGUCGAUAAAGGUGCUGACAUUGAAAAUAAAAAUUAUACCCAAGCUACUUCGCUGCAUCAAGCUGUUGACUUAAAUGCGGUACAAAUAGUCAAUUUCCUAUUGAAGGCUGGAGCCAACAUUGAUGUUGUUGAUGAAAAUUUGCUGACUCCACUGUUUAUGGCUGCUCAACGAGGGAAUUAUGAAUGUCUGAAAUUACUGUUGGAGAAAUCCGUUGAAGAAGGAAAAUCUCAUCUCGUUGAUGCUUCUGCUUUUGAUAAUGCCACCCCAUUAUUAGUGGCCGCACAACAGGGCCAUACCUCCUGUGUUGAGCUGUUGAUAUCUUAUCAUGCCAACCCUAACCUUUUCACUUCUGAUCCUGAACCAGUGUGUCCUCUGCAGUCAGCCAUUGUUUGUAACACUCUUGAAUGUGUGAAGCUGCUGUACAAAGUAACUAAGAUUGAAGAAAUCCACAAGAAAUGCUUCUCUGAAUGGUUCCCCCUACCCCUGUCUCUGGAUUUUUCUCACCAGAGCAUCUUACAGUUUCUAUUGUUAGAUGAUGUUUCUACUGAUAUCACGGUUACAUACCAACUUUCGUCUGGUCGUGUCUACCCACGAACUGUGCCACUGCUCAGCUAUGCAGUUCUAGAAUGUUCUGAUGUGCAGUGCAUUGAAAUCCUGCUACAAUACGGCUUUCCAGUGAAUGACCCUCGUGAAAACCUGAUGCCACCGAUAAUGGCAGCCUUUGAAACGAUGAGAGAAGAGUGUUUGAAACUAUUUUGGAAGUACGGUGCCAAAUCGAACAUCUAUCAUCCAAAUGUCUUCGGAAACUUCACAGUCCUCUAUGCAAUACACAAUGAUCUCAUGACUCAAAGCGUUCACACAUCUACAUUCAUUGGCAAGUUCCUGCUUUUACUGCUGAGGCAGAAGGUUGAAGUUAGAUCUUGUCUGGUAUUUCAGAGACAGCCAUCAGCAGAGUCUCUCACUGUACAAAGUAUUGCAUCCCUCCUCUGCUUCCAUCGUCUUCACUUCAUGCAUUUUGACAUCAUAUUCAAUUUGUUGAUUUUCAAAAGUGGUGCCCUAACGAAUCUCAACGAAUCAUUUGCUACAUACUUCGAAGAUACUGAGUGGCAAUCAGUCAAACAGACUUGCAAAAACUGCAACACCUUAUCACAUUUAAGUCGAUUAAAACUGAUCCACGUUCUAAGAAAUCAGAAUACAUACAACAAAGACUUCAUCAAUAGCAUGGCUCUUCCAUCAGCUGUACAAGAUAUGUUACUUCUUGAAGAUACUGGCAAAUUGCAGAGCUACCUAACAGAUAUCUUUGAUUUGAAAUAGCGCAAUAUUAUUCAUAAUUGUCCAGUU